AUGCGGGACAAACAAGCAAAUAUCGGGACAGUCCCGGUUGAUCUAGUGACAGACACGGCCAUGGCUAUGAGGGGACCCCACCCCUUGCUCCUGCUGCCCCUUGUCCUGCUGGUGGCCUGCCUGGCCCUGGCCAGUGGGCAGCCAUGUGUCACACAGAACAGACUGUUCAUUAAGCACCAUGUGAACAAUCCACGGAUCCCAGCCCCCAAUCCCAGAGCCUACUGCAGCAUGAUGAUGAGGAGACGGGGAAUCUAUGGGAAGCUGAUCAACACCUUCAUCCAUGCAUCCAUCCCGUCUAUCAGCAACGUCUGCUUUGGAGGUGGGACACCCUUCCCAAGUGGUCUGCGCUGGAGCAACCGUUCCUUUGCCAUCACCGCCUGCACAUACAACGCGUCAACCGAUUCCUAUACCGGGACAUACCUUUCCUCGAGAAUUCUCAUCCGCUGCUGCCAGGGGCGCCCCGUGUACUAUGAGGAGCGGAUUUUGCUUCCACCCAAGAUAUAG